UUAGUACGAGGAUACACCGCUGCCCGUCCGCUGGACGCUGUUUACCGACUCGGUCAACUUUCUUCUCCGCCUGUGUCGGAAACCUACCCGGCUCGAUUUUACGCAUUCCGGUCCCCAGAUAUCCGCGUCCGCAGAGUGUGUCUUCUGUGAGAUUCUGGCCAGUUGUCUGCAUGCAGGGAAUGACGACUCAUUUCAAGACGAGCAAAGCUUUAAAGGUCAAGAGGGAGACUGGCGAGAAUGCCCCGGCGCUCAGCGAUGAUGAGUUGGUGGCCAUGUCUGUGCGGGAGCUCAACCAGCACCUGCGUGGGCUGACCAAGGAAGACGUUGUGCGGUUGAAGCAGCGGCGGCGGACCCUGAAGAACCGUGGCUAUGCCGCCAGCUGCCGCAUCAAACGCGUCACCCAGAAAGAGGAGCUGGAGAGGCAAAAGAUAGAGCUGCAGCAGGAGGUGGACAAGCUGGCCCGCGAGAAUGCCAGCAUGAGGUUGGAGCUGGACGCCCUGCGGGCCAAGUAUGAGGCCCUGCAGUGUUUCGCCCGGACUGUGACCCGCGGGCCCCUCUCGCCGGGAAAGGUGGCCACCACCAGUGUCAUCACCAUCGUCAAGUCCGCCAACCACAACAACUCCAGCCCGACCCCGUUCUCAGCUCCCUCCUAGUGUUGACAGGACUGGGCUCUCCUUCUCCUGCCUGGUCCGUCCUGGUUCUGACCCAGCCUGAACCCACUCACCCUGUACUGAGAGGACGCUCAGUAGUUAAACUGAGGGAUGGAAUGGGGUGGCAAGCUCUAUGUGAUGUUAUGCUGCAUUCACGACUCUGUCUCCCUCCGUCUGUCUCUCUUACACGAUCUACGUUGUCUGUGCACUGUGCAACCCCCUUACCCCCACCGCCGCCACCACCACCACCACCACCCUCCCCUGAUCCCCAGCACCGGCAAGGUAUUGGACCUCUGUGACCCUUCCUCCAUGACUGAUAGCAGAGAUUUGCUUUUACUCCAGUGUGAAAAAGUAUUUGCCUCACUGUGGCAGCACUGGCCGAGGACAGCUCCAACACCUCACAAGAGAUUCAAGUCGGAAAUAUGUGACAGUGAAGCUAUUUAAAUGUAAAGCCUAUGCCAAAUCACAUUUUAUUUACAUAGAAGUGUCUCAAUGUAAAUUGAGCCAUUGAAGUUGUUGCCUUAAAAGGAUCCAUGAGUGAUCAAUAUAAAUUAUCUCAUACACGUAGUUUAAAACAAAGGAUUUAUCGUUCCAGCUUUGAGGUUACCAGUGGUCUCCACCCAGGUGCCUUUAAGUGCCAGCCAAACACAAGAACAGAUGCUUUCACAGAUGAGUUCCUCUUCUCUUUUGGAGCUUGCUAAGCAGUAAAAUCACCUGUUGUAGUGUUUGGUUGGAGUGAAAACCUGCCAACACGUGGCUCUCUGUGGCCCGUUUGGAGAGCACAGCAUUAUGCAGCUUGUUACCUGACACAUGCUUAGCUAAAGGGCUCUACUCGUGAUGCGCGAUCAUUUAUAUUUCUGUCUCGGUGAUGCAAAGUUUUACUCGGUGGUCGUUCACGUCAAACAGCUUGUAGGUAGGAGGUAAUACUAGAGAACAGCAGUCAGGACCCUCCAGUAAAGGCUUCCACACGUGUUUGAUGGUGGUCUAAUGCGGCGGUUCUGAAGCAACAUUUUUCAUUUGAAAAGCUUCAAAGCCGAACCAUUAGGCCAGAAUUUGUAUGCAAGCCCUUGCUGGACGAUAUUGACUCCCGUUGUAAAAUAUUAUCAAAGAUGGCAGCGUGUGCCUUUUUCUCUCCCAUUGGUGAUUCAUCUGUGGAUUGCCUGACAUGCGCUCGUGUUUGGUUGAGAAAUUAUUGAAUUUGUCAGUGGGGCUGAAAAAUGUUGAGCAGCCAUGUUGUUGAAGACAUUGGAGGGUGUUGUGCAGGUGCUGUGAGUGAUUCUGUUUGUAUCUUUGUGGCCCUUUUGACCAGAGAAAUUACUCACAAUUUAUGCUUCUAAUAUUUUUAAAUGCAAAAGAAGUGAGUUCUUGUUUUCCAUGGAUGGGAAAUGCUAUUUGACCAAACAGGUAGAUUAGGGAAGACUGAAAAGUAAAAUUGGAAAGUGAUUAAGGAGCAUUUUGGGCCAGAUUUGUUUGGAUUCGCAGGAUUCGACAUUGCCCAUUGCCAUCAUUAUACAGCACUUAAAAAGAGACUGUUAAGAUACAGUAUAAAAGAUAAUAAUUCACAGGGCAACUGCUUCCUAGAAUAGGAAAAGAUGACAGAAACUGUUCUUGCAUUUCUGAAGUUACUGGGGCUUAAUUGCAUGAUGAAAUGUGGUGUGACCACCUACUGCACAAGCCUAACGUAACUCAGGAUGGUAUACUCUCUGAUAUGUAUGCCGCAGCACUGAUUGGGUGAUGUUAUGCCUCUUUCUUAUAUAUGCCACUCUUUGGUAGGUAAUCCAUAUUGGAUAUAGUGAUAAUGAGAGAGGUCCUUACAAGUGAAAUGCAAUUCAACUUACUUCCUGUAUAUUACAGAUUAUGGAAAUGACAAAGGUCCCACUGCCUCCGCUGUCACUUUACAAUGAGAACUCCGUCCAAAUAGAAAUCAUUCCUACUGCUGGGUCACGAGAAGUGCUGCUGCUGGUGUUGGUAACUCUGAAACAGUAGCUAUUUACCUUGCUUUUGACACACUCUUCUGCAAGAGAACUCCUGACGCCCAUCUCUAGAAACAGUGGUGUCAUGACAAGUAAAUGCAGUUAAAUCCUCCUGUUGUACAUUUUGAGCUAUUUAAAUAUGAAAUUCACUUGAAAUCAAGCUGUUCUUAGCGAGGAUCCAUUCCUAAUUUGGAGUGAAGUCAAUAGAGAUUGCUCAUGUCAGGAUUUUCUCUUGGCUAAGAGGACAUGACUGUUCUUCCCCUGUUCCAUAGCUGCAAAGAACAGUACGGGGAACUUUGCUGCUGUACAACCUGCUGUGAUUUUUAAGCAGGGGCAUUGCUGUGUUCUUACUCUCAUUUUGUAUUUUCACUUGGUUUCUAUGUUGAUACAUCCUAUGUUUUCUUUCUGAUACUUAGUUUUAUAUGCAUAUACAGUAUAUAAAUAUAUAUAUAUAUAUAUAACAUAUUUUUCUAUAUUUAUGUCUUUGCUAUCCUGGGAGUGGUGUGAUUAUGUAAUCAUUCUUUAAAGUCUAAUUUUGUUGAUGUUGACCCUUUUCUGAAAAAGUCGUAUUCACAUUUACAAUGAGACAACUAUUCUCAUAACUUAAGUCUUCUUUGUGAGUAUUUAUACACCAUGAAUAGUUCUUCUCAGCAUAUUUACUAUUGGUCAAAUUCACAAAUUGGACAGACCGUGACAAGGGUUACACACAGGCUGCAGCUAAUUAUCUGUGACAGUCAAGAAUGAACUGUUUCAAGACAGUGAAAUGACAUCCUGACUACAGGUUCACAUCAUUAGUAAAGAGCACAUGUGCAUCCGUCAUGUUGACUUCAUAACUUUCAAAUCUGUUUGAACGACACAACAGGCACAAAUUAAAAUAUAAUUAGGUGUGAGGUUGGAAGUCAAACCAUCUAUGCAAAAGGGAUCCAAACAUAACAAAUUCUAUGUACUGUCUGCAUCAUUUGGCUGGAAAUUUGUGCCAAUCAAUUACUUUAACACAGAAAUCAAUGAUCUAAAAUAUUCAAAACAAUUGUGCAUUAUUCAGCACAAGAGCCCAUUGGUCUGAUGUGAUCGGAUUUAAAACUGCCUAAUAUUGAUGAAAUGUUUGGUUCUCAGUUGGGUUUUUUGGGCUCCAUUAGUUUACGAAUAAAUGUUUCAUAGAGAAAAAAAGAAAACUUGCUCUUAACUUCGGAGGAUGAACCUACAUGUGAACCUUGUCAGUUGUUCUGAACAUACCGACUGACCUGAUAGAUCUUUCUAAAGAUGCCAAUUGAUUGAGUCAAGAGUUUUUUGUAACCUCUAGGAAAUUAAUUCCAAAGCUGCUAAAGACCCAGACCUCCUUUGUUUAAGGUCUGUUUAAGCCUGAGUCAAGUUUAAGUCAGAGGAAUAUAAAGAUACAUGUUUACAUAGGUCAUGUUUUAGUGCAUUAUCUUACUAUUCGAAGCAUUUUCUGACAAACAUUACAGUGACCGCUGUGGUCAAGUUUCAAAACAAAAUGCUGUAAAAUGAGGCAUUGUUUAAUUUUAGCACUUAUUACUGUAUUUGGAUAUGAGGUGGAUGCUUUUUGGCUGCACACCUGAAGAAUAAUACUCUGAAAUUCUUUAAAAAUAAAUUUUAAGUAUAUGUUUCUGUACUGUGGCAUAAUAAAAGACAAACCUCUCUACA